UUAACAACCAAAGGCAAACGUCCAUCUUUGACUAAUCGAGAUGAAAAAGAAUCUAAAAUGGCUUCUAGUAAAAGAGAUACUGCUCGUAAAAAGAGUCAUGAUAGUCCUAAAUUAAAAAAAGAAGUUUUAUCGAAAGAAAUGUUAGAGAUCAUUAAGAUCAUGGAGGAAUAUCGAAACAGUCUAAAAAACAUAGAAUAUAUAAUAAAAAAUAUUAAUUCCACUCAAAAGAUCAUUAACGUACACGAUAAAGUAUCAAAAACAAGCAAAUUAAAAGAACAUACGGAGACAACCAUAGACAAAGGAAAUAAUUUUCACAUUUGGUAUGUACGAACAAGCGAUCCUUGGAACAACGAGAUGAAUGACGUAGUAGUUUCUCAAAUCAGACAAAACGAUUUGAUUAAAAAUGCUUUACAAAAAAAGAUCACCGGAAAGGUACAUUCAGAAUCUAAAAUAUAUUCCAUUCUCACUUACGAAGGUUUCGAAGUACCAAGCAUGGUUGAAAAAAAUGGUAAAAAAGAUUUAUAGAACACGACGAUUAAAUCAUUCGUUUAAUCGUCGACGUGAAAAUGAGAAUAUAUAAUCAACGGAAUUACAAAGACUACUUUCUCUGUUCCUGAUUAGAUACGUUCGAGUUGGUCUCAAUUGCAACUUUGCACGAAGAGCCAACGAUUGAAUCCAUUACUAAUCACGCGAUGGAGUCUUUUCAAGAAACUACAACAACAACGAAUAUUCAUCAAAACCAAGUGUACAAUCAAAAUAAACAACGAAAAAAGACUAAAACG